AUGGCCAGAAUACCACCAAAUCAAAUAAUCAGUUUAUUGGGUUUUUCAUUUGACGGGAAUUUUGUGCAAAGUUCAAGUAUUUCGUCUAACUUGUCAGUUCCGACAACUGAUAGUAAAUUAUGGAUUAUUGGUGCUGUUCUUGGACCAAUAGGUUUUGUUUUACUACUUAUCGGUUUAUUUUAUUUUCUUCAUUUUAAAUGUCGACAACAAAGAAAUGGUCAAAGCAGUGCUGAAGUUCUUUACAAUGUGCCGCAAGUGCCAUCUCGAGCAUUAAAUUAUCAAACUGUUCCAAAUGAAUCUAUACAAGAACAAGCCAUAUCUCUUAAUAAUAAUAUUCGUGUAUUAACUCGAAAUGGUGUUUUAGUUGGUAAUAUUGCACCAGCGAGACGAUUACCAUCAAUCGAAUUACAACAAGCUUCAAAUAAUUUUCCACAGUAUCCUAUGUCAGUUGACAUACCGAUGCAACAAAUACGUGGUCAUAAUGAUGCUGAACUUUGA